AUGAUAGACAAAAAUCAAACCUGUGAUGCAGGGCAGGAUUCUAUGCCCUAUAUGAUUUGUCUGAUUAACAUACUUGGAGGAUGGUUUGGUGUGGAGCAAUUGGAGGACUAUUUGAAUUUUAUAAACUAUCUCUUGUGGGUUUUUACACCACUAAUACUUUUGAUACUUCCUUACUUUACUAUAUUCCUUCUCUACCUUACAAUUAUUUUCUUACACAUUUAUAAGAGGAAGAAUGUAUUAAAGGAAGCUUAUUCUCAUAAUUUAUGGGAUGGCGCAAGGAAAACCGUGGCAACUCUCUGGGACGGACAUGCGGCGGUUUGGCACGGUUAUGAAGUUCAUGGCAUGGAAAAAAUACCAGAAGAAGGACCAGCACUUAUAAUUUUUUAUCAUGGAGCUAUUCCCAUAGAUUUUUACUACUUCAUGGCUAAAAUUUUUAUUCAUAAAGGCAGAACUUGCCGAGUAGUAGCUGAUCACUUUGUCUUUAAAAUUCCAGGGUUUAGUUUAUUACUUGAUGUAUUUUGUGCUCUACACGGACCAAGAGAAAAAUGUGUUGAAAUUCUGAGGAGUGGUCAUUUGUUAGCUAUUUCACCAGGUGGGGUUCGAGAAGCCCUAAUUAGUGAUGAAACCUACAACAUUAUAUGGGGUAAUCGUAAAGGCUUCGCUCAGGUCGCAAUUGAUGCAAAAGUGCCCAUUAUUCCUAUGUUUACACAAAAUAUUCGAGAAGGAUUUCGAUCACUCGGAGGAACAAGGUUGUUUAGAUGGCUCUAUGAAAAAUUUCGCUAUCCGUUUGCUCCAAUGUAUGGAGGGUUUCCAGUGAAGUUACGAACUUAUUUAGGUGAUCCCAUUCCAUAUGAUCCAAAGAUAACAGCAGAAGAAUUAGCUGAAAAGACAAAGAUUGCUGUUCAAGCUUUGAUCGAUAGGCACCAAAGAAUACCAGGAAACAUUAUGAGUGCUUUGUUAGAACGCUUCCGUAAACAUCAAAAGGUCGACUAA